AUGUGUCUAGAGCGGAUAGUGGGAGUUAGAUCCCCGAGCUGCCGGCAGAGGGUGGGCCGGAGGCGGGUGAGAAAAUUUCGGCGGUCAUGGAGUCUUUGCAGAAGAAGUCCGGGCAGCAGACGAUACAGACAACUCAGACUACCACCGCCACAACCCAGCAGCAUCGUGAACCCAUAUGGUCACAUCAUCGCUGAGGAAUGGAACGGCCCUACCCACGGUUCUAUAAUGAGCUGGUAGAGCUCGCAUAGGUUAUUAUGAAGAUGUCGAAGGAUUUAAAAAGGACAAAAAAAAUUAAUAAAUUCCCUCUGAAAAUUUAUCUAAGUCAGCCAAUAUGGGAUUUAUUGUUAUCAGUAAACCAGAAAUAAUAAACCAU